AUGCUUCGAAAGGUCAAAGGCAUUAUUCUGAUCAAGGGAUGUUACGGUAGUGGCAAGACCCAGACAGGAUUGCGACUCAUCGUACGCCUGUUUGCUUGUGAUAUCUGGCAUAGAUUAUCCACGGCUGCAAGUCAGAAGACUCAGACAGCUGCAAAAGUCGAGGAACAGGCCACAAGUCAAACAACCAAGGAGAACGAAAAGAAUGACACCUCCCGAGAUCCCAAGAUUGAAUUCCUUCCACACCAGGAUCCCGACGAAGAGCAGCCAGUCCGUGUCCUAUGGACUACUGAGUCAAACUUGAACGUCGACAGUUCAGCACAUAGACUCUUCGAGUUCUGUAAGCUCACCAAAGUCAACAUACGUAUCGUACGUGCAUACGCUCUCCAAGGUGAAAAGGAGAGCGUUCGUGGGCACUACGUGCAAGAAGAAAUUUUCGACCCGCUUCCAGUGUCCGAGCAGUUUGCAAGCGAGUUCCUCUUAGAGGCUCGUAUUCGAGAUAAGGCCAGAGCUACGCUCGAUCUGCACGCGAGUGGCGACAAGAGGCGAAGACUCACAAAUCUAAGUCUAAGUCAAGCUAUGAUCCAGGAACUUGAAGCUGACGAAGACGAUGAUACCAGAUAUCAAACCCUUCGAAGCUUAUUUCUUCGUGUCGAGAAGAACGCCGAGGAUUUAUGA